UGUGCGUCUUUCAGGCGACGCUGUCAGCGUGACGUAUAAUCCAGUGGACGGUUCUUCAGAAACAGCUCGUCAACCACCUCGGUAGCCUGCUAGACAACAUAGCCGAACGUUUCAAGCUAUUUAUACGUUUUCUGUCUCUAUUAGCUACUGUGUUUUAGACACACUUCUGUCGUAUCUACUUGUUAACCUAUUUAAUUUAAUAUUACGCUAUUUUGUAUUAGUCAGCUAUAGUAUCUGGCUGGUUAAGUUAGCACUAGCCCAGUCGCUAAUGAUAGCUAGCUAACACCACCGACCAUGAGCUCCCUAAACUUCUCCCCUCCUGUUAAAGAAGAGGAGGUCUGCUGGACGGAGAAAGAAGCUCUGGGGCUGAACAUUAUCGUGAAAGAGGAAAAGGAAGAAGAGGAUGUCACAGUAAAACAAGAAGUAGAGUGUGAGGCUGUGACACUGAAAGUAGAAGAGAAAGACGUUUUAGUGAAAGAAGAGGAGGAUGUUACUGUGAAAGAAGAGGAGGAUGUUACUGUGAAAGAAGAGGAGGAGGAGAAAGGGGAGGAUGCAGUUUUUGGAGUGAAGAUGGAAGGGGAAAUUACUGUCACAUUGCAAGAUGAAGAGGUGGACAUAGGAGAUCUGAUUAACACCAGAGAGAGACGGGACUACUGUGGGUCCUCUGGGGAGCCUCAACAACCUCAUGAUGCUGACAAGGCAGAGAUGAGUAUCUCCACAUCAGAACACCUCAAGAAACACCUGCAGAGAUCCACAGGGAAGAAAUCUCACUGCUGCUCUGACGGUCGGAAGAGACUCACCUCCUCAGCAGGCAUUAAAAUUCAUCAGAGAAUCCACACAGUGGAGAAACCUUAUAGCUGUACUCAAUGUGGGAAGAGUUUUACUCAUUCAACCAGCCUGAUAUCACACCAGAGAACACACACAGGAAAGAAAUCUUAUAUCUGUAGCUGUGGUAUAUGUGGGAAGAGUUUUACUCGGCUGAGCACCCUGAUAUCACACCAGAGAACACACACUGGAGAGAAACGAGAGAAACCGUAUAGCUGUGAUGAAUGUGGGAAGAGUUUUGAUACAUCUAGCCAUCUUAUUGUACACCAAAGAACACACACAGGAGAGAAAUCGUAUAGCUGCACUCAGUGUGGGAAGAGUUUUUUUACAUCUAACCAUCUGAAGAUACACCAUAGAACACACACAGGAGAGAAACCUUUUAGCUGUACUCAAUGUGGGAAGAGUUUUACUCAGCUAAGCAGCCUGAUAUCACACCAGAGAACACACUCAGGAGAGAAACCGUAUAGCUGUCAUGAAUGUGGGAAGAGUUUUACUCACCUAAGCAGCCUGAUAUCACACCAGAGAACACAGACAAGAGAGAAACCUUAUAGCUGUAAUGAAUGUGGGAAGAGUUUUAUUAGCCGAAGCAGCCUGAUGUCACACCAGAGAACACACACAGGAGAGAAACCUUAUAGCUGUACUCAAUGUGGGAAGAGUUUUGUUCAAUCUGGCAAUCUAAAAGUACACCAGAGAACACACACAGGAGAGAAAUCUUAUAUCUGUGGUCAAUGUGGGAAGAGUUUUUCCUCAUCUAGCAGCCUGACUCAACACCAGAGAACACACACAGGUGAUAAAUCUUAUAUCUGUGGUCAUUGUGGGAAGAGUUUUACCUCAUCUAGCAGUCUGACUCAACACCAGAGAACACACACAAGAGAGAAAUCUUAUAGCUGUAAUAAAUGUGGAAAGAGUUUUAAUACAUCCAGCAUUCUGACUCGACACCAGAGAACACACACAGGAGAGAAGCCUUAUACCUGUGAUCAAUGUGGGAAGAGUUUUACUCAGCUAAGUGGCAUGAUAUCACACCGGAGAACACACACGGGAGAGAAACCAUAUAGCUGUGAUCAAUGUGGGAAGAGUUUUGCUACAUCUGGCCAGCUUACUUUACACCAGAGAACACACACAGGAGAGAAACCCUAUAGCUGUAAUCAAUGUGACAAGAGAUACUCUGAUAAAAGGUGUCUGAUCAAACAUCAGAAAAUACAUGAAGGAGUUGUUUCAUGAUAUCAAUGAAUUAAUGUUGAAUGUUAACACUUUGUAGUAGGAGUAUUUUAAUAAUGUCACAAUGUAGAAACCUAAAUGUUUGCCCCCUUAUCAUUUGAUUUCAACAUAUGGAUAUUAGCCUCAUGUAUGUUUAAAUAAAGGUGAAAUAAAAAAAUAAAAAAUUAUAUUUGGAGGGAGUUGAAAGUCCGUGUUGCCCAGCAACAGCCCCAAAACAGCGAGAUCUGCAUGGAGGAAUGGGCUAAAAUACCAGCAACAGUGUGUGAAAACCUUGUGAAGACUUACAGAAAAAGUUUGACCUCUGUUAUUGCCACCAAAGGGUAUAUAACAAAGUAUUGAGACAAACUUUUGUUAUUGACCAAAUACUUAUUUUCCACCAUAAUUUGCAAAUAAAUUCAUAAAAAAUCCUACAAUGU